AUGGUGCUCUCGCCGACGAACCAGCUCCUCCUCCUUCACCGUGUCCAGACCUCGACCUCUUUCCCAUCAGCCCACGUCUUCCCCGGCGGCAACCUGAGCAAGUUCCACGAAGCCGUGCCGGCCGAGGACGCGCAGGACCGGCACCGCGACAGCGAGGCCUACCGCCUCGGAGCCAUCAGAGAGACGUUUGAGGAGGCCGGCAUCCUGCUGGCGAAGAAGAAGGGCGGGAACGGGAACGGGGAUCUGGUCGAGCUCAGCCCGGGCGAGGUCGAGGAGGCGCGGAAGAAGAUCCACGGCAACACGGUCAGGUUCGGGGACUGGGUGGAGAGUGUCGGCGGCACGCCCGAUGUAGACGGCCUCAUCCCGUUCACGCGCUGGGUGACGCCCCCCAACGUGCCGAAACGCUUCACGACCCAGAUGUACGUGUACAUGCUCCCUCUGGGCUCCUCAAUCGCGGCGGAGCGCGACGCAUCCACGGUAGUGCACACCCCUACGCACGACGGGGGGAUCGAGCACACGGCCGCAGCCUUCGACGACGUCUCGGACUGGCUUGCGCGCCAAGCCCGGGGCGAGAUCAUUCUCUUCCCGCCCCAGCUCUACCUGCUCACUCUCCUUGGUCAGUUCCUGACAGGACCGGGAGACUAUGCCGCGCAGCGUGAGGCGCUGCUCACCUUCCUGAAGAAGACGCCGACAGGACCCGGCGGACAUCCGACCGCCUCUAUCCCGUGGGGCGAGAAGGUCAUUUCGCCCGUUGGUCUCGGCAUCAAGAGAGCGGAUGGACGGAAUGUUCUGAGCUUGGAGGGACCGGGCAAGGAGGUCAAGACACAGGAUCCCACGAGAGCUGGAGACCACAGCCGCGUCGUGCUCGUCAAGCCCACCAAGCGGGGUCCCUCCGAGGUCGAGAUUAUCUGGAGAAGCGAGCUCGGCGACGAGGCAAACUCGGCAAAGGUCGACUACGAAGUCGUCGUGAGCAAGCACCCUAGCCGCGACCCCAAGCCGGUCGCCGCGAAGCUCUAG